AUGGCGGGGAUCGUGGUGGUGUUCGACUUCGACAAGACGAUCAUCGACAUGGACAGCGACAACUGGGUGGUGGACAACCUCGGCUUCACGGAGCUGUUCGAGCGCCUCCUCCCCACCAUGCCCUGGAACACCCUCAUGGACACCAUGAUGGGUGAGCUGCACCAGCGCGGCAGGACCCUGGGCGACGUCGCCGAGGUGCUGAGGGCGGCGCCCAUCGACCCGCGCGUGCCCGCCGCCAUCAAGGCCGCCUACGCGCUGGGCUGCGACCUGCGCGUGCUCAGCGACGCCAACGCCUUCUUCAUCGAGACCAUCCUGGAGCACCACGGCCUCCGGGGCUGCUUCUCCCAGAUCAACACCAACCCCAGCCACGUCGACGCCGACGGCCGCCUCCGCAUCGGGCCCUACCACGCCGCCCCGCACGGCUGCGGCGUCGGCACCUGCCCGCCCAAUAUGUGCAAGGGCCAGGUGCUGGACCGCAUCCUCCGCGAGGCGUCGGCGGGGUCGGCCGCCGGGACCGGGAGGAAGCGCGUCAUCUACCUGGGCGACGGCCGCGGCGACUACUGCCCGUCGCUGCGGCUGGCGCGGGAGGACUUCAUGAUGCCGCGCAGGGGUUACCCCGUGUGGGACCUCAUCUGCGAGGACCCCGCGCGGCUGCAGGCGGAGGUGCACCCGUGGGCCGACGGCGCCGAGAUGGAGGAGACGCUGCUGCGCCUCGUCGGGAGGGCGCUCGUGGAGGAGGCCGCGCUGCUGCCGCCGCUCGACUGCAAGCUCGAGUCCACCAUGCCCGUUGCCGCGCAGGACGCCGGCAUGCCCAUCAUGCCGCUCGGCGUCAAGAACUGA